AUGUCCAUCGCCGAGCUGCCCCUUGUUGUUACAGCCAUUGAGCUGGAGGAGCGAUGGAAGAAGGAAAUGGCACAGGAACAGGAACAGCUGGCUAACAAGUCUGUCCAACCAGGCGAUGCGGCCAAGGGCGCCAACCUCUUCAAGACCCGCUGCGCUUCAUGCCACACCCUCGAGCAGGGCGGUGCCAACAAGGUCGGCCCCAACUUGCACGGUCUCUUCGGCCGCAAGACCGGUCAGGUUGAGGGUUUCUCCUACACCGAUGCCAACAAGCAAAAGGGCAUCACCUGGGAUCACAACACACUCUUCACCUACCUCGAGAACCCUAAGAAGUACAUUCCCGGCACCAAGAUGGCCUUUGGCGGUCUUAAGAAGGCCAAGGAUCGCAACGACUUGAUCACCUACAUGGAGCAGGAGACCAAAUAA